AUGGCCCAAGUUCCUGUCCAGACGAUCCAUAGGGAUCCGCAGCUCUUCUAUUGGAUAUUGAUCCCCAUCACGGUGGUCAUGAUCUUGACAGGAGUCCUCCGCCACUAUGCAACAGUGCUCAUGCAAACUGCGCCCAAGAAACAAGAGCUCGCCGCCAUCCGCGAGCAGCGCUCCCUCCUCCGCGGAGUCAACCUCCGCUCCAACGCAAACGCCAUCUCUUCCACCGCUUUUCAGACGCGCAGAGACUACCUCGUUACCGCGUACGAGAGUGGCACAUUUUUGAAGGAGCCAGAUAGGAAAGGACAAGCGGCCCCCAAUCCGAUAACGGAUCCGGCUGCGAUGGAGGGAAUGAUGGGGAUGAUGAAAGGGAAUAUGGCGAUGAUUGUACCGCAGACGCUCAUCAUGGGCUGGAUCAACGCCUUUUUCAGCGGUUUUGUUAUUAUUCGUUUACCGUUCCCCUUGACGAUUAAGUUUAAGAGUAUGCUGCAGGCGGGUGUAGCGACCAGAGAUAUGGACCCGCAGUGGAUGUCUUCCAUCUCGUGGUAUGUGCUGUGUAUCUUCGGACUGCAGUCAGUGUUCACUUAUCUGCUCGGGAGUGACAAUGCUGCCAAUCAAGCGACACAACAGAUGGGGCAAAUGGGCCCAGGGGUCGGAGCACAGAUGUUUGGGCCUGGUGUUGAUCCGGACAAGCAAUUUCAGGCUGAGGCGGAGAAUUUGGCAGUGCUAACGCAUGAAUACACAUUGGCGGGCGUUGAGGACAGGCUUUUGAAGUCUGUAAAGGUGUAA